UCUUUCUUAUCCUGUCUGUCUUAGAUUAUAGCAAAAUGGAUAUAUCAAAUCCUCCCACUUCCAAAUGUAUCACUUACUGGAAAAGAAAAGUUAAAUCUGAAUACAUGCGACUUCGACAACUUAAACGGCUUCAGGCAAACAUGGGUGCAAAGGCUCUGUAUGUAGCAAAUUUUGCAAAGGUUCAAGAAAAAACCCAGAUCCUCAAUGAAGAAUGGAAGAAGCUUCGUGUUCAACCGGUCCAGUUGAUGAAGCCUGUGAGUGGGCAUCCUUUUCUCAAAAAGGUACUUCCGGAUGUCUAAGCUCAGCCUUCCUCUCUUCUUUGGAUUUGGAUUUGUGGUUAGA